GGAGCCUGUCGCCAAACGCGGUAACCGUGGCUACUGGUCCGUCCGCUGAUCCGCUUCGGCCAGAUGCGGAGUGAUGUGAGCUCCGGGGAAAGGCGCGCCAACUCGUGACGCUUCCAUUGUCCGCGAGAUGCCGGAGUGUUUGCAGGCUGCACUCGCAAGAGGAUGCAUCCGACGGUAACUGCGCAGGGAUGCCUCCGCUGAACGUGGACAAACAGGGCGUCUGUUACGGUGAUGAAGACUUCCUUUCCUUUUUGUUGUGAACACCGGGCCACACGCAGAAUCGUUGCAACGUUCGCCAUGGUCACCGUGCGCGCUCGUCUCAGCCGUUCCCGUGAAGAACAUUGCGCAAUGCAGUGAAAACGGGAUAUCGUGUUGUGGAUUGUCUGAUUCGUGGUGAGUGUUUUACCUAAUGAGCCGCUCUUCGACUGGGCACCACGUCCCCGGUGGAGGCUAGACACAUCCAGCAGAGAGUCGGUCCACAGUCAAUGUAAGGAGCGUUGUCCAGUGGUGAGAGCCACUCUCCGAGGGUACAGAUGAGAGGCAAACAAUACCAUCAAACACUGAAGUUGACAGCGCCUUGGGAGAAGGAUGCUGGCUUUGGGAGGAAGCUUAAAACCUACAGGAAUCAUACCAAGAUAAUAGCGCAGCCUGGGAUCGUGAUGAAAGUCCUCCGCAGGAAGAGGAUUGUGUUAUUCAUGGCCUACUUCUUGCUGCUGGUCCUCACCAUGCUCAACUUGGCUAAUUAUAAAUGGACUAAAGAGCCUCAGCAGUGUAAUCAUCAGAUGAGGAGCACCACGUAUCAAAGCAGAUCGGACAUUCGCUUCCUCUACAGGCCUUCUUUGCCCAAAAAGAGACAGCUCAUCUAUGUUCUGACCACCUGGAGGUCGGGCUCGUCCUUUUUCGGCGAGCUUUUUAACCAAAACCCUGAAGUGUUCUUCUUGUAUGAGCCGAUGUGGCACAUCUGGCAAAAACUGUACCCGGGCGACGCCGUGUCUUUACAAGGGGCGGCUAGGGACAUGCUUAGCUCCUUGUACCGCUGUGAUCUGUCUGUUUUUCAACUUUACAACAGCCCCGGGGGCAAGAAUUUCACCUCCCUGGGACUAUUUGGGGCCACCCUCAAUAAAGUGGUGUGCUCCUACCCCCUCUGCUCGGCCUACAGGAAAGAGGUGGUGGGGUUGGUGGAUGAUAAGGUGUGUAAAAAGUGCCCCCCUCAAAGCCUUAGACUGUUGGAGGAGGAGUGCCUCAAAUACAGCACCAUCGUCAUUAAAGGGGUACGCAUUUUGGACGCUAACGUGUUGGCCCCACUCAUGGAGGAUCCAUCCUUGGAUUUGAAGGUGAUACACCUGGUCAGAGACCCGCGGGCAGUGGCCAACUCCCGGAUCAAAUCCAGACACGGCCUGAUAAGGGAGAAUCUACAGGUGUUCCGCAGCAGGGAUCCUAAACUCCGCCGGGUCCCUUUUGUGGAUCCCGGUCACAAAGGCAACAAGAAGGACGGCGCCGACUACCACUCCAUCGGAGCCAUGGAGGUGAUCUGUGACCGCACCUCCAGGACUUUGAGGACUGCCUUAAACCCACCCAGCUGGCUGAAGGGAAAGUACAUGGCAGUGCGGUACGAGGACCUGGUGGAGAACCCAGUUAAGACCCUGAGGAACAUCUACCGCUUUGCCAACCUCACCACCAACCACGACAUCGAGUUGUUUGCACUGAACAUGACCAGUGGCUCCAGCUCCUCCUCGAAGCCGUUCAUCGUCUCGUCCAGGAAUGCCACACAGGCUGCGACUGCAUGGAGAACAGUGCUCAGCAUUCAACAGAUCAAACAAGUGGAGGACUACUGUCACCACGCCAUGUCGGUGUUGGGGUACGAAAGAGUCAGAACAGCCAGGGAGGCUAAGGACUUGAGCAAAUCGCUACUGACAUACUCCAAACUGUGACAACUUAGUCUCCACCAAAGACCUUUUAAUUUAAUGUUCAUUUAGCAUCUAGUGCCGUUUCCUCUUAUUGUGGAAGUAAAGCUUUCCUUUAACUCAGUGUUGGAGGAGCUCUACUGGCCACAUUUGGAAUGUAUCAUGUUUCUCUCUGUUGUGGUAUUUGAAAGGACCACUUCUUUUAUACUGGAAUAUUGGAUGUGUUCGACAAUGUAAGGCCUGUGAACAAUGACUUAAUUAGUGAAGCUGCAACAAUGGAGAAAAAAACAAUGACAACUGUAUAAUUCAUGUAUCUCUUUAUUAUGACGCUUCAAAGUGAAUAUUUUUUAAGGGUAUUUUUGAAUGUUCAAAACCGUACAAAAAAAAAAUCUGUUUUUUUUCUCCAGUCUCCAUACUGUCUGUAAAAGUGAAAAUAGUUGAUGACAGAAAAACAAUGAACUGAUUAAAAAAAAAGAAAAGAAGAAGAAGCUCAUUGCUAAUGUAUAUUUGUAAAAUCCGGUUGAAGUCAGAGACAAUCAAUACAUUGGUGUGUUGAUGUGCCAUAGGUAGAGGUGUGAUUCAUAGGCUACAUCAGAACAGCAGUAAUGCUCUUUAUAGAUUUUUAAAAAAGGAGGAUGUUUUGAUUUCUGUCACCAAAUCCUCGUAGGAUGAUAUCAUGCACUGUGGACACUGAUGUCACGGCUCCGGAGCCGGGGAGUCUCUCGGCGUCAGUGUUCUGCCAUUUCAGCCUGCUCUUAUAAAAACACAUGAUCUGGGAUGUAUUGCUUUGUGUCAAGUUAUGCUAUUAACAUGUAUAUAUUUUUGUAUUAUUAUUAGGGUUUGUAAUCAUUCUGUCCUUUAUAGAUGCGAGGCGCUUCACAGCAUCCCUCGGUUUACUGCAUUCUGCAUCGCUGCCUUGCCUCACCAUUUGAGAACCAUUGUGCUGGAACAGCUUCACACUUGUUUUGCUAUUCUCUAUAACUUGAAAGGUGCCUUGUGGAGUUUCUGUUUGCAUCCAGGGUUUCUCACCCAAACACACCACGUGUUUCUUUGAGGUCUAAGUAACACGUUGAGCGCAUUUCCUUCCUUAUAAAAAAAUUGCAACGCUCGUAUGAAAGCUGCAUAGUCACCAUCAAGGUUUCCCUUUACCUCUUCUGCCCAUUACCAUUGCUGUAAACCGGUAUUGGUGAAACACUCUACAGGGUACCUUUUAAGUAUGCGUCAUACAAAUGUUAUUCAUUAUCAGAAUUACUGUAAUUAGUCAUUAUAGUUACUUCAGAACUUAAACUUUGUUACAACACAGCCUUAUGGAGGUCAGAGAAUGGUCUCAAAAGAGGAAAUACUUUAAUAUCAAAUCACUUCAAUACAUAGAUACAAGUUGAAGGGACACUUAAACUACAACAAAGCUGCAUUUCCACUUCAACUCCAUCUAGCUUUUCUUUAGAGAUUUGAUCUCACUUCAGUGAAACAGCUCAGUCAAAUGUGGUUUGUGAUGCUCAAAAAGCCCAAAAGUGUACAUUGUUUCUUUCUCAACAAGGUUCCACAGAAACGUGGUGAGCCCUUGCGAGAAGCAUCUUUCCCCUGCACAGAGAUACCUGCUGUGGCUGGUGGGCGUACUUCAAUGCGUACUUCAAUGAGUACUUCUCAAUGAAAAAAUAAAAUAAAUGUUUUAUUCUCA